AUGUCCAGUCUGAUACCAAGUACAAAUGAGAUAACCCCAACCGUCACUCACGAGUCGACAGACAACUCAGAAAUGAGCGAUGAUGGGGAGGACGAUCUGAGAGAUGUGUUCAAGUUGAUGUAUGAUGAUGCAGACUGGGAAUCCAUCUCAGAGGAGGAACCUCCCGAAAUUGAAAUUGUCGAGCAUACCCUCUCACCCCCUUCUGAGAGAUACACCAAAAAACGUCUCUUCUCUCAAAUUGAUACCCUCCUGUACCCAUCCCACCCACAAACUCAUAUUUACCCCUCCCCUCCUCCACGCUCACCGACAAUCUACCUCAGCACCCAAAUUCCACCUCAACUCCCACCUACCAGCUUUCUCCCUUUCUCUCCUCUGGCCCUUCUUGCCCGAUUGAGAACAUUCACCCCGUCAACAUUUUCCAUCGACACUUCCCCUCUCGACUCGUUGAAUUUCAGUUUGAGAGGCUGGACGGCGGAUACUCUGCACAGUGUGAAAUGCCAACAAUGUGGGAUGGUGUGGGAUCUUAAAGGUGUGGAGGAGAUUGCGGAUGAUAGAAUUAGGAGGGAGGUUGUGAGGAGAUUGGCAAAAGGGCUGAGUGAGAGACAUAAGAGAGGAUGUGGGUGGAGGUAUAUGAGUAGUCCUAUGGCUAUGCAUGGGCAGAUACGACGAUUACUUCAUCCCUUACUCUCCUCUAGUCUUGUCCCUUUAGCCUCGCAUAUACAAACAUGUCUUUCGUCCGAACAAACUCCAAACCCUCAACCCCAUCCAUCAAAACCCUCAAACACCUCCAUCACCCCUUUAGCAGCAGCUAUGUCCCUAUUCGGUUGGUAUCCCUAUUCCCCCAAUUCACCCCCUAUAGCCAAUCCCAGUGCCCCACCGUCUGAUAUGGUCUGGUGUAGGAUCUGUACCCGUCGAGUAGGAUUGUGGGUUUUUUCACAAGGUAGAACGUUUGAUUUGGUCAGUGAACAUUUGAAGUGGUGUCCUCUAGGUCUGAGCGGGAUUGAGAGAGUCUCAUCGGAUGUGGACAAUGGUUCAUUCCGACUGGAUCGAACCACGGAAAAUGGUGGGAAAGAGAAGGGAGUGGGUUGUCGAGAACAACAAUGAGGGGGAGAGAAUUGCAUUUGGAAGUCAGCGAUAGGAUAGAGAAGAAACGUUGGAGAAGAGCUUGAUUUAUGCAUAUCACUUUGAAUUU